AUGCCAUCUACCAUGACAGGCCAUGACGCCAAAGAGAUCCAUGAUGCCAUCAAAUCUGGCCUCCAGGAACAACAACAGAUACACAACCUGGUGGAGGCAUACAAGGAUGCUUAUGGCUCAGACAUCGAGGAGGAUGUUACAGGAGACACCUCAGGGCACUUUAAGAAGAUGCUGGUUGUUUUACUCCAGGGAACCAGAGAUGAACCAGGAGUAGUGCAUGCAGACCUAGUGGAGGAGGAUGCUCAGGCGCUGUUUGCAGCCGGGGAGGAGCAGUGGGGCACAGAGGAGUCCAUUUUCAUUAUGUUGCUGGGAAACCGCAGUGUCAACCACCUCCAGAUGGUGUUUGAUAAGUACCAGGAGAUAGCAGAGAAGCCCAUAGAGGACAGUAUCAAGAGUGAGCUGUCUGGGGACUUUGAGAGACUCAUGUUGGCUGUCGUUCAGUGCAUCAGGAGUGUACCUAUGUACUUCGCCAAGCGCCUCUACAAGUCUAUGAAGGUGAACCUCAACGGUUUAUUCUUCUCUCAGGCUCAGCUGCACUCAUACCAACCUCAAUCAUACUAA